AUACUACAGAUGAGAGAGAUUUGGCGACCACUCAUUGGCGACGCAGUACAUGACACAGACAUUGUCAGCACGUGUAAAAGUAAUUUGGCAGUCAUCAUUUCUGCUUUAAAUCAAGCAUCUCCCAGGAUGUCGGCAAGGUAUGUUCUGUGGAGGAUGCUUACGCAGAUUGUGCAGUAUCUUGGAAAUGAUUUCCGAAAUUUACAGCUUUAUUACACAGGCUAUGUUCCUUUCUGGAAGCAUUUUUACGAUAAGAAUUGGCAAUCUUGCGCUGAUUUCAUUCGACAGGAAUUGGGAAUUGCUUCAUUCAAGUUUUUGGAAGAGUACGGUUUCAUUACAGGUCAACAACUAGAAAACAUAAAGAAUGUUUUCACAAAACUGAAAACAGAGAUUUUACAAAUUACAAGAGCGAAUUCACGACUCAGUCGUCUGACUAAAAAGUUAUUUCAGAACAAA